UAGAACCCAAUGUACAUAAUAUACGGACCUUGAAUACCUCGAGAUAUAGGGUUUCUAACGAUCAGAUUUCAUCCUCGCCCAAUCACUAUCUCUCUAUACCUAUAAAGACAAGAAGGAACCUGGAGAUUUGAGAAUAUUUUUCAGAUUUUACUCUCUAGUCUCUACUCACCUCUAUAAAUUUGAGAGUGCUCCAGCCACCUCCACAGUGUUUCCAUUUUAAACGUGAAAUAAACAUACCAAUUUUAUUCUAUAAUUAUUCUAGAAAAAUUUUCAUUUAUCGAAAACUUGCUAACUGAACUGUAAUCGUCCAACAUACUUCCUGUAAAUGCAAAAUGAAAACUGAUUUUCAAAGUAUCUUAUCUUAUCACGAAAAUAUUUGAUCAAAAUAAAUCCAAAUCUAUGUCUUUCAAGUGCACUAAACUUGGAAAUUAUAAAUCUCAAUCAAAAGUCAAUGCAUACUGAUGAAUUUAAAUACAGCUAUGGAUGCCAAGAUCGUGCAUUUUUUGACAGUUUUAUUCAUAUUUCACACGGUUACUUCAUCAGCUGAUACAUCACAGAUUCAAGAUGACAAAGAAAUUUUGGAAAACAUCCAUACCGAGAAUGGGCUUGAGUACAGAAAUGCGACUAUGCUAUCAACAAUAAAUGACCUGGUAAAGGAAACCCAAAAAAUGAAAAUAGCAACUCACAAACAUCGCUUUUUAGCUCAGCUUUACACAGACGAGACUGAAAUAAUUAAGCUGAGAGGAAAUACAAGCAAAGAAAUUUCUAAAAUGAUAUAUGAUAUUGAAACCUUGUUUUAUUCUAUUAGAAAAUCACUAGCGAAGGAAAAAAAUCCGGAAACACUGGAUGAUUUAUUCCUUUCGAUGGAGAAUGAAGGGUUAAUAAAAGAACUGGAAAAAUCGCUGAAUCAACUGAAAAACCUGAAAUGGAAAUUAUACGCAAUCAAUAAAGUUAUCUCCCGAUCAUUUAGUCAUAAUGAUGUAUCGACAGCCCUUGAACAAUUCUCACAUGACGAUUCCUCAGAAGUACCUGUACAAAUGAGCUGGAAUAAAGAUGUAAAUGAUGAAGAACCGUUGCUGAAAUUAGAUAUUGAUCGGGAGUGUGACGAAUUGGAGAAACUUCGCAGAUUUUCCUUAAUGGUACAAGAUGAAUUGAAAGAAAUGCCAAAAUUGAAUAAUGGUAUCUCAGAAGAUAACAUGCAGUCGGAAUCCAAUUCACAAAACCCAAUAUCCGAAAGUGCAACCGUACCACUCUGGUUUCUCCAUGAAAGAGACAUCGAAGAGAUUCAACUGAAGUACUUAUCGUGGACGACGUUACUCCAGCAGACCGAUAAAGAGGCAGUGAAUAUACUGAAAAAAGAGAUUGCGAAACGAGGAUACUCAAUAACACUAUUCUGCAAAAUUUUAGCAGAAUAUUACAACUUUACCACUAAAUUAUUGGAGUGUACGUCGCAAGAUGACUCCGAAUGCGAGGAAAUGGUAGUCGCAUUAAUGAAACAUCAACAAUGUCAAGAUGUCGUUCAAAUUUUGGCUGCAAUUGGACUACUCGAUAUCUAACAAUGAACAAUCAACUGGUCGUUUCGUUUACGAGGCAAAAACAGCACCCAAUGUAUUGUACAUAUCGCACCUCGGGAGUAAUAAGGUCACAUCUCAAAAAAAAUUGAUUUUGAUGUUUUUGCAUUUUUGGGGUUUGUAUGACCCCCCUCAACCAAAAAUUACACUUUGAGAUGGGUACAUCAUCUAGAUCUUGUAAAAAACGCAAAUGGCCUAACUCAAAAUCUCAACAACAUUGCAAGUUGUUUGGAGUUAUAAGGGCACAUCUCAAAAAACUCCUCCUUUUUUGAGCAAAUUUUGUACAUACUCGUAAAAAGUGUUAACAAAUAGUUUUGAUUGUUUUAAAUGUUUGUCAGUUAGAAAUAGUCACAAGGAGUGCAUUUUUUAUUGGUUUGUACCAAAUGGAAAAAUUUUUUUAAAUUGAUCACUUUUCAGAAAAAUGAAUUUGCACAUAUCAUGAAAUUUUAGUUUUUUGAGAAGAACUCAAAAACUAAGCACUUUAGAAAAAAACUAACGACAUUAUGUCGAUUGGAAAUUUAAUUCUCUACAAUUUUGUUGUCAUGAAAUUUCUUUUGGACGCUUCCUUUCGCCUCCACAUCAACUUUAAUGAAAGGUUAUAACUCAAAAUGUUUUCCAAACAUUGAAAUAUUUCCUCUUUAAGAUUUUAUUUUUCAAAGUGUUCUUAUGCUAAAUGAAGGUAGGAUACCAGAUCUUUAAAAUGAGGUGCUAUUGAUUCCUCACAAUUAAUUAUAAGUUGAUAAAAAUAAUGAAUCAAGUUUUUAAAAAAAAGAAAAUCACCCUCCUGUAAAAUUUCACUUUUUUGAGAUGUGACCUUAUAACUCCCGAGGUGCGAUAUACAGACCUUGAGUACCUCAAGAUACAGGGUUUCUAUGUUUCUAACGAUCAGAUUUCAUCCUCGCCCAACCAGUAUCUCUCUACAAAGACAAGAAGGAACCUAGAGAUUUGAGAAUAUUUUUCAGAUUUUACUCUCUGUUCACCUUUAUUAAUUUGAGAGUGUUUCAGCCAAGUUCAGCCACCACGACAGUGUUGCCAUUGUAAACGUGAAAUGAAAUGUAAUUGAAUCGAUUUUUUUUUACUUGGACUGUAAAUUUCACGACAGUGGUGAAUUUAAAAGGAAUUUUCUUUGAAUUUAUUGAAAAAUACAGUAUUUUGACUUUUUCA